AUGUCGCUCUCCUUCGGCCUCAACACCAAGUCCAAGGCGCCGGCCUCGCCUCCAAAACCCAAGAGACGUCCAGUCGCUAUGGACGUGCUAGGCGACGACUCGGAUGACGAUACCCCAGCAGCAGCAGCUCCGAAGUCCAAUGCCUUUGAAGAAGAGCUCACCGAGUUCGACGCCUCAAAGCCAUCACGACCCUCUGCCCCAGCACCAGCGCCCAAGAAGAAGCCUCUCAACAAGCCAAAACCCGGCUCCGUUCCUACCAAACCACCGACAAGGAAACCUCAAGGCGUGAACCCAGAGGAAUACAGCGAUCUCUCCGCGCAACGCGAGAGCGCCGCCUACGCCGCCAAAGCCACAGAACUAGACCCAACAAUCUACGACUACGACUCUUUUCAUUCCGCCGCUACCUCAGCCGCCUCCGCGCGCAAAGCAGCCGCAAAGCAAGAAACCGUCAACCAAGGGCCAAAAUACAUGAACGCACUGCUCACAGCAGCCGCACAACGAAAGCAAGACCAGCAAGUGGCCCGCGAAAAGUUCCUGCAGAAGGAACGUGAAAACGAAGGUGAAGAGUUUGCAGACAAGGAGAGCUUCGUCACGGGAGCCUACAAAGCCCAACAAGAAGAAAACCAACGCUUGCGCGAGGAAGAAGAGAAAAAAGCUGCUGCAGAGGAAGAAAGGAAAAGAAAAAUGGGCGGAGGAAUGCAAGGAUUCUAUCGCAAUGUCAUGGCAGACAGCGAGCGCAGACACACCGAAGCCCUCGAAGCAGCUGCCGAAAUGGAAAAGCGCAAACUCGCUGGCGACAACAUCGCAGACGAUCCAGACACCAAACAGGAAAAAGACCGCGUGGCAGAAUUGGCUGCCAAGGGCGUCAACAUCACUCUCAACGACGAAGGUCAAGUGGCAGAUAAACGCCAACUCCUCACUGCAGGUCUCAACGUUCUCGCCUCGCCCUCUGCCCCACCAAAACCUUCCGCCGCGAUCCAGAAACAAGACGAUACAGCGCAAUGGAACAAAAAACGCGACAACGGCGUAAGAGAACGACAGACAAGAAUGAUGGAGCAACAACUAGAGGAAAGUAGAAAACGAGCCUUGGAAGCAGACAAGGAGGAACAAGAACGAUUGGCCAAGGCCAGCAAGAGCAAGAAAACAGACACGGACAUCAGUUCCGCGAGAGAAAGGUUCUUGGCCAGAAAGAGGGAAAAGGAAGAAGCGGCCAAGAAGAAGGCCACAUAG